AUGAAAUCUUCACUUUCAGAAUAUGCCUUGUGCAUGACUCGUCUGAGAGCCCAGCUGCUUGGUGAGGUUGCCAGGCCUACUGAAUCCAAAUCCAUAAAAGUAGUGAAACUAUUUAGUGGGUUGCCUUGGGCCAAGAGGGCGGAGGUUUAUAACUGGCAUCCAACUCACAAUGCCUAUUUUGAGUUCCUGAGGACGCUGCAUGCUGGCCUCUACAGAGACAGACCUUAAGACUUCAAGGGUGAGCAGCUGUGUCUGAAGAUGCUUCGUGGAAAGGGAGAAACCAAGGAAAGGAGAGGGGGAAGAGCAGAAAAAAGAAAUAGUGUUUGUCCAUCAAGAAAGAAAAUGUCUUCUCAGCCACUUAGAGCAGAAACAAGAGUUCUUUUCUUUCCACCUGCUGAAGAAUUAUAA